GCAGCUGAACGUGUGAGGAGGACCGCGUCCCUAUAUGUGUCCUGGUGGAUAUGUGUGGUGGAUGUGCGGAUUAUUGUCGCAGUGCCACAACUGGAAUACUACAAACACUGUAUUUUGUGCAUUCCCAAGAUGAAGAAGCAAAUUAUGAUAAAGCAUUAUUGUCCACAGCAGUACGACAGGAACCCAAAGGCACAGACUGUCGAAAGCAGGAUGCAAGCAUUGUGGGGAUUACACUGCAGCGAACAAUAUCUAGCUCACAAGAAGCCUUAUGACAACACUGAAGUUAAUCUACCGGAUAAACCUUUAAACAGUUCACAUCUUAAUGAACAGUACAAAAGCAAGCAUCUACCAUGUGACACACAACUGACUUAUACAGACAGGCAAGAUAUAAGUCAAACUGGUGCUGAUGACCUCGAGGUGGUGGAGGCUUUGCUGUCCUUUUCCAAAUUGGGGACAGCUGGGUGGAACAAUCAAAGCUGUAAUACGGCUGCUUUGGAGCUGCCACCGUCACCGCCCUCCUCACAGGGAGGAGUCUCUCCUCAUCACCCACUGGAAUCUGAUGUUGAGGAGACCUGUGACGUCUUGAACCUUAGGAGACGACCUUCCAGAGACCAUGAAUUUGGCAAGUUCCAGAGCUUCAUGCAUCAAACACCACCCCACACCCCUUGCACGCCACCUCAGUCACCCAGUCCUGCCCCAUCCAGCUAUGACUCCCGGGCAUCCACACCAGCUUCUUUAUCAGGAGUGCCAGUGUCAGUCAUUGUUAAGGCAGAAAGACAAUCACAACAAACUUUUGAGAGGGCAAGAACUUUAGCAGAGCGCAAAAUGUAUGACCCUGACUAUUCAAGAUUGGGGUCAAACUGUUACUGGAGCUGUGAUAAUGAAGAGUCACCAUCCCCUUCACCUGUUCAUUUUAGCAGCAAUGAUGACCAAAAACUCCAUCCUCCUGCAAAAAAUAUUAAUACUGCACAGGAGCAAAUAUUUGUGGACUCAAAGGACACAGACCGUGAGGACAUGAAAUGUUUUGAAGAAAGUUUAGUUAAAAAACAUGCAGUACCUGAUCAAAAAAUCAGUGAGUCUCCCUCUCCAAAUGCAUCAGCAACUAAAGCUUUACAGUCUAGCAAUAAGUUGGUGGCUAUUGCACCAAAGAUGCCAUCUCUGAUCCCUGUAAACUCAGGUACUUCAGUGAUUUUUGCCCAAAUCAAUGGGUCACCAACAGUGAUUCCCACGGCAUCCACUGGGAUCACUCACCUAAUUGUUACACCUGGAGGAAAUGGAGCUUCAGGAUCUCAGGUUAUUUCUCCUAUACUGUUGUCUACCCCAUCAUCCCAACCACUUCAAGAUGAUAGGAAGAGAACAUUUAAAUGUACAUAUAAAGACUGUGAUAAAACGUAUUUUAAGUCGUCUCAUUUGAAAUCACACAUGAGAUCACAUACUGGUGAAAAGCCAUACCAAUGUUCCUGGAAGGACUGUGAAAGGCGGUUUGCUAGAUCAGAUGAGUUAUCACGUCAUAAGCGAACACACACUGGAGAAAAAAAGUUUGAGUGCACUUCUUGCAAAACUAAAUUUAUGCGUUCUGAUCAUCUGGCAAAACACAUGAAGAGACACACUCGUCGGCGUAUUGGGGUUCCUGUGGCACCCAAGGUAUCGGCUCUUGCACCUGCUUUCAGUUUUGUGGCAGUGCCAACAUUAUCCCAGUGACCUGAUCUCACUUGGUAUGCCAAGAUAGGGAGGUAUUGAUAUUAAGUGCUAUUUGUAAAGUUUGAAGGUGAAAAAUCUAUUUUAACUAAUGGACCAAUGAUUAGAUUAAGUAUUAAGGUUUUGAUGUUCAUUAAGUUUUAAAGGGUAUUGUUUUUACUAGUUUUCAACUUUGUACAGGGAACAUUAUGUUAAAAAAGUAUAGCAAUAUAAUAUGUAAAUUAUUCAGUUAAUUAUGUACCUAUGCAGUUCAUGGUCUUUAAAAUAUGUAAUAAAGUAAAUUUAUUAAAAAAUUAUGUAAUUCCUACUUUAAGAAAGUCAGAGACCGAUGUCCUUGAGUUUUAUAAUUCUGAACACUACCAAAUUUAAUGUGAUACCUAUUUAUUUAAUGUUUGUUGUAUGUGAUUUCUUCACAUCCAAAGAUGUAAGAUUUUAUAUUCUUUGUAAUAUAUAACCACUGAAAGUGGGAUAAU